UCGGAAAGAGGAAGCUGCAACCACCAGCUGCCGAGGUGGUGGUACCACUCAGACGCUCAGAGAUGCAAAAUGUUCUUCUACAGCGGCUGCGGCGGUAACUCAAACCUGUAUAAGACGAAGGAACAGUGCGAGGAGACAUGCACGAAUAUAAAGGCAAUUGGGAUCGCCCAGCAGAACAGCGAAGUGGUGGAGGAAUUGCCUGAAGGGAUACUGCACGAAGUGUGCCUUCGUCCGCCCCACCGUGGACCAUGUCUGGGAAACUUGGAGAGAUUCUACUACGACAACGAUAGUGGAACAUGCAAAUCUUUUGUUUACGGAGGCUGUGGCAGCAACGGGAACAACUUUGAGACAAAAUUCGAUUGCAUGAAGACUUGCAACAAGCGUAUCUCACCAUAGAGUGCCACAUAUUUUCCCACACAAGUGGAGAACUUAAUUUUUAUGUCUCGAA